GCGGCGGCAGCCCCUCGCGAGGCGGAGCAUGCUCCUGCAGGAGACACCGGACCUCCUUUUGUCUUUCAGCAGCGGCGGCAGCCGGAGGAGAGACGCCACAGCCGGCCUGCGAUAGGCGGGACUUCCUGCUCCGGGUCCGGCUUGUUUAUCAGUGCGUGUGCAGCCGCGCGGGGUCGAGCCGGAGCGCCAUCAGAUUACAAGGUUGUGUCAUCUCAUCCUGCACCAUGCUGGGUCGUUAUCGACGGGGCCCCUGCUGUGCUCCGGUCCUCCUGUGGGUUCUGCUCCUGCCUCUGGCCGCCCCCCACCGCCUGAGCCACCACGAGCGCCGGGACCGCCACGUCCAGGACCGGCCCAAGCUGCUGCUCGUGUCCUUCGACGGCUUCCGCUGGGACUACGUGGACCGCGUCCCCACGCCCAACUUCCACAGCAUCAUGGACGAGGGCGUGUACGUGGAGUACGUGGAGAACGCCUACAUCACCAAGACCUUCCCCAACCACUACAGCCUGGUGACGGGGCUGUACGCCGAGUCGCACGGCGUCGUGGCCAACGAGAUGUACGACCUGGCGUGGAACCGGUCCUUCUCCAUGGACACGGACAGCGUCUACGAGCCGCGGUGGUGGGACGGGGCCGUGCCGCUCUGGGUGACCGUCCAGAAAGCCGGGGGACGCAGCGCGGCGGCCAUGUGGCCGGGGUCGGACGUGAAGAUCCACGGCAUGUACCCCACUCGGUACCUGCGGUACAACGCCUCGAUGUCCUUCGAGACCAGAGUGGAGCGCAUCGUGGAGUGGUUCUCCGCGCCCGGAGGCGAGGCGGUGGACUUCGGCGUCCUGUACUGGGAGGAGCCGGACGAGAGCGGGCACAGCCUGGGUCCUCAGAGCCCCCUCAUGGACGUGGUCAUCGCCGGGAUCGACGAGAAGCUGGGCUUCCUCAUGAACGAGAUGAAGAAGGCCGGGCUGUACGAGAAAGUGAACCUGAUCGUGACCAGCGACCACGGGAUGGCGCAGCUCUCUGCGGACAACAUCAUCGAGCUGGACGAGUACGUGAGCAGAGACCUGUACACAUGGGUGGACAAGAGUCCGGUGGUGGGGAUCCUGCCCAAAGAAGGGAAGCUGGACGAGGUGUAUAAUGACUUGGCGGACGCGAACCCCAACAUGGUGGCGUACAGGAAGGACAACAUUCCCGAGCACCUGCAUUAUCAGCACAACUCCAGGAUCAUGCCCAUCCUGCUGGAGGCGAAGGAAGGCUGGACCAUCGUGCAGAACAGGACCAGAUCCUUCAUGCUGGGUAAUCACGGCUACGACAACACCUUGCGCAGCAUGCAGCCCGUGUUCGUGGCCCGCGGUCCCGCCUUCCGCCAGAACUACGUCAAGACGUCCAUGCGCUCCGUCGACCUCUACCCCCUCAUGUGCCACAUCCUGUCCCUGCGUGCCCUCCCCAACAACGGCUCCCUCUCGGACGUCCAGGACCUGCUGUCCCCGGAGAUGGUGUCCACCGUGCCGGUCCCGCCGCACUCCCCCGUCCCCCCGCAGCAGGCCGCCGGGUACUCCUACGCCCCCGUGGUGGGCUCCUUCCUCGGCGUGGUGAUGGUGCUCUGCUUCCUGGUGGUCUACAUCAUCCUGGUGACGUUCAAGCAGCGGCCCUCGCUGAAGCGCAGGAGCUGGGAGAUGUCGCAGCCGCUGCUGCAGGAGGACCUGCAUCUGUAGCGCCGGAGGUGGAGACGGGUGGCAGACAUGCGAGAAGAUGAGGUACUCCCACUCUGGAAGCAUUCCCCAAAACACCUCCCUUUACAUGUCGUAGUUAUUGGUCGGAAGUCAAAGAAAUCUAAUCGAAAAUGUAGCCGUAUAUCACACUCAAACAUAAGGGAAAUGUGGAGCGGUGCUGCUGGUGCAAUCAGAAGAUUAAAACCUUCUUCUUUUUUUUUUAGUGGCUUUGCUUUGAUUGUGAAUUUUUUACUGAAAAUCGUCUGAAGCAUUUUCAUUGUCACUCAACAGAUUUAAAGUUUAUAGAGUGUAAAUUCAAACUGUGAUUCGGUGACCAAAACGAUGACUUGGGCGGUUUGAAGGUAUCAGUAUCGUC